GCUGCUUUUAAAACGCGUUUAUUGCAUAGCGAGAUCAAGAACAGUAACGUUACUGCCUAGGCUAGGCUAUAGGAACUACUUAUUCUAGCCUACAGCCUAGAAGACUCCAUUAUGUCACUAUAUAACACUGUCGAUAAAGUGAGCUCUACCUUACAUCCAGGGUAGGCUACACCCAGUGAGUUCUACAUUACAUCCAGGGUCUCUAUCAGCACUUUCUGACGCCUAAAUACGAGGCGAACUUGUAAAAUGACAACACUGUCGUGGGCUUGUACAUGUUUCCAUUUAGAUCACACAGAAAUCAAAUAACGGUAUGCGGUCUAAGGAGCGCUUCAUCAUUCUCUGACAAUAAAGAAUUGAUGCGUGACAGAUUUGCUUAAUAAUUACGUGCUCCAUUAUCCAAGGGCAUCAAUCGACAUUGGGCAACAAAAAGUUUUGUAAUCGGCGGAUAUCUAGUUAAUUGCCUACCUAUUCCACUCCAUAUUUUAUUACCCGCAACCGAAUAGGGCUGCAGUCUUGCGGAUGGAUACGUCAACAGCUUUGCAGUGAAAGAGCCGAAGGAUACCGAUCCUCUAGAGAAGAAAGGAAUGAAGUAGCAAAAGGAAAUAGAAAUUCUAACAUAGUGAAAAUAUACAUGUUUGAUCGAAACCAGAAUAGCAAUCCAACUGAUCUUUUCAGCAAUUCAGCUCGCAGGACAUAGAGUUACGUUCGCUACUCUCGGAAACUGGGUCACUAGAGGACGAAAACGACGAUAUCUGCAAGAGCGCGCAAACAACCUCCAUCUCUGCGGUCUCCAUUUUAGGUUCUUGCCCAGCCUGUACCUCACGUGUCCUGGACUGUCUUUCUCACAUGACCCGUGUGUUUGUCCCCGUGAUCAGGACUUCCAUCUCCGUAUUUCAGUGUCGCUGAAUAUCACUUUUUAUAUCGUUACCUUCAUGGAUAUGCUCGAACAGAGCCUGGACACCCCUACGAGCAGUCACGACAAACAGGAAACCGAGGAGGUGGUUCAGCUGCAGGAGGGUGAGGCAGUUGGGGCAGAGGAGCAGGCUGCUGUUACCAUAGCAAGUGUCCAACAGGCAGCAUUUGCCGACCACAAUGUCCAGUACCAGUUCCGCACAGAAAGCAACGGUGGCCAGGUGGGGUUUAUCGCUGACCCUGAGGACCAGUUUCCCGUGACAUACCGGGUGGUGCAGGUGACGGAGGACCAGUUGGAAGCCGUUGGGGAUGGGGGAACGGCAGUUAGUGUGGUGUCCACGGCUGCCUUUGCUGGGGCUCAACAGGCAGUAGCUCAGGCUGUUAUCCAAAACCCCUUUAGUAAUGGCGGCAGUCCUGGCGGGGAGGCCGUGGGUGGAGAGACGCGCUUCGCUUAUUUCCCAGCAGCCACUGUGAGUGACGGAACGGCCACAGCUGUGUCUGUGCAGGCCACCGCAGACCCCUCACAGGCAGGAGGUCAGUUCUAUGUGAUGAUGAGUCCUCAAGAUGUGUUGCAAACUGGCACGCCUCGGACUAUUGCACCACGUACACACACCUACACAACAGACUACGGGGAAAACAAGAUGCUGCAACACGGUGGCAAUGCCAGCUGGAAGAUGGAGGGAGCACGAGCACCUCGAGAUGAAAGGAGGAGAGCACAACACAAUGAGGUUGAAAGACGAAGAAGAGAUAAGAUCAACAACUGGAUUGUGACUCUGUCAAAAAUCAUCCCAGAUUGCAACAUAGACAGCAGCAAAACUGGAGCGGUGAGCAUCAGCAAUGGGAGUAAAGGGGGAAUCUUGUCUAAGGCGUGUGACUACAUCCGUGAACUCAGGCAGAAUAACCAGCGGCUGCAGGAAAGCUUUAAAGAGGUGGAGAGAGUGCAGCUGGACAACGACCUACUCAGACAACAGAUUGAAGACCUGAAGAAUGACAACGCACUGCUCCGGGCCCAGUUACAACAGCACGGCAUUGAAAUGGGUGGAGAGGCGGCAACACAGUGACGAACACACACACCACACACCACACACACACACACCAUACACACUCACACACACACACCAUACAUAUACACAUACAUACACACACACACACACACACACACACACACCAUACAUAUACACAUACAUACACACACACACUCACACACACACAGCACUGCAUAGUUAGAUGAAGAGACUGUUUCUGCAGUGAUGUGUCCCCACUCUCACACACACACCAUACAUAUACACAUACAUACACACACACACAUACACUCACACACACACACAGCACUGCAUAGUUAGAUGAAGAGACUGUUUCUGCAGUGAUGUGUCCCCACUCUCUCACACACACAAGCAUACAUACGCUCGUAUUUUUAUUUCACCCGCACUUAUUAACAAAAAAAGUCUUUUUUUUUGUUUUUACACACAGAAGCAUACCCAAAUACACAGGGGGCUGGCAAUUUGAAGACUUUUCGGACAGUAGUUGAAAACAAAAAGAGUAUACGUUAACACUACUAAGAAAUUCCUACCCUCCAUCACCACACACACACACACACACACACACUCUGAAGAACUCAGACCCUAGAAACCUGCAUCCCUGUGGGAGGAAGACUCCUGAUCUUCAUCAUAUCUGCCCUUCUCGGCCCUAAGCUGUUGGCUUAUUUUGGUUUUCCUUUGUUGUUUUCUCUGCGUUAAUGCUCCUCAUCGUUGUACUGCUGUCUGUGUAACAUUUUGUUUGCUAUGUUGUCAUUUAAUUUAUUAGUUGAUAACAAAAAAAAAUCAUGAAUGCUCAAGACUCCUGGCAAGUGAGAAUGGCCAGAGCAUCGGUCUUUUGUCUGCUUGUCUCGCACCGGCUUAUCAUACGUCUUAGCACCCGUGUGCGUGUUCUCUAGCCGUGAGCAGCUGAAGGAUGGAAGAAUAAUGAUGUACAUAAGAGUUUGCGUUGCGUUGUGCUGUGCUGUGCUGCGCUGCGCUCCUCUUGGUGGGGAGUGGGCGGGUGAUGAAGGACUCCAGACUUCUCUCAGGUAUCCGAUUACGCUUCUGCACACUGUGACCUGUAGGGGGGGUGCAUGAGUCCACGUCCCCUUCAGCUGCAGGGUCUGUCCAACAAACUUUCUCUCUCUCUAUCUCUAUCUCUAUCUCUCUCUCUCUCUCUCUCUCUCUCUCUCUCUCUCUCUCUCUCUCUCUCUCUCUCUCUCUCUCUCUCUCUCUCUCUCUCUCUCUCUCUCUCUCUCUCUCUCUCUCCGCAAGUGGAGCUGGUUUUAGUACCACUUCUGGCUUGCCCUCUCUGGAGUAUGGAACUGUAAAGCAGGUGCUUUUGCAACAAUACAGAGCUUUGUCAUCAUGUUUGAACAAUGGGAGAAAAAUGUAUUGCUGACUGGAUGACCAAUAUAAUGGAAGAGCACUUGGUUUCACACUGUCAGAGGAACUAAAACAACCACACACACAAGUUAUCUUUCAAGAGUCCCUAAAGGAUGCUGUUGUCUCUUUUGUGUCCCAUAAAUCUGAAUCCUGAGGCUAUUCAAAGCACUGGAUCAAGAUUGUCAUGUAGACCAGAAAAUAUGACACUCAAGAUAUUCAACCUCAAUUUUUUUCAUGCCAUCCUUUUUUUUAAAUUAUUAUUAUUAUUUUUCAUUCAUGGGCAGAUCUGAGAUUCAUGGUAACACCAAGGAGCUGGAGCACUGUAAUACAUACGUUUGAACUCCUAUGUCUUCCCUGCAAGCACCAAGUACUGGGUGGCCAACCAUGGGUUCCUUUAGGUCAAGAAAAGCAUCUGCAUGGCUAGUCCUGGAAAUCUGCUAGAAGAAGUUAUUUUUGAAAGAGACUUUUCCCCCCCUCAUCCAAACACACGAGAAUACAGUCAGACACAGUGUAGCAAGCUUGGUGUCUGCUUUGUUACUGUUACCUGCAUUAUUAUUUUUCCCUGUUUGUUGAAAUGCAGAAACCACAAUUAUGAGUUUGCAGACAUUCUUAGGUAGUAACUCUCCGAUCAUCCUAACCACGGGCAUGAUUUCUAUCAAAUUGUACAAUAAAAUUGCAAUGUUUAUAUCAAA